UUCUUAAUUCUGGCAGCUUCCGCCAAGCGGGCUGAAAGCCACGCGGCAAGCCGGGGAGGUCUGGUCUCAGCUAACAGCUGUUCCCUCCCGGGAUUCUGGACCGCCGCCUUAGCGACCCAGGGGCCGAGCUCUGACCCCUCGGACCCAAAAGCCUGGCCCCCACUUCUUCCUGGAGCUCUGUCUUCCAGCCCCCGGGCUCAAGCUCCCCAGCCCUCGGUUUCCAGGACCCAGGCACCCCAGUUUCCCGCCUCCCGGAUCCACGCGUCCGAGAUCUGCGCCACCCGGACCUAGCCUCUUGAAGACGGUCGUCGUCUGGAGCUUUUCGGAGCCAAGGACCCUAGGUCGCUGGUUGAGAAACUUACUUCCCAACCCUCAGGACCAGAAACCCCAGGGGCUCGCUCCCACUUCCUAGCUUUCGAGCGCCAGACGCAAACGAAGAGCGGAGGAGCCCCAGCGCCCAGCCUAGGGCAUCUCAAACACUCAAGCUUUCGAGAGCCAAGAACUUCAGUGCCGUGAACUCGCAGCUCCAAGGAACCUUCCAAAGUUCCAGCCUCCAGGCUCCGUUAACUCCGUUCUAAGGAACGUCAGCGUCCUGGAAAGGAGCCUCAAGUGCUCCCAGCUUCCAGGCGUUAAGGAACCCCGGGGCGUCCGUCAUGGUGGCCGAGACGCCCAAGACCGACCCCAAGGCAUUCGCGGCUGUGGAGCCCACCGCCAACGGGGUCUCGGCCUUGAUCCCCAUAGAAGACUCGGACGCGGGAAAAGACGGCUGCUGCGGUUCCCGGGACCAGGUGCGCCGCUGCCUUCGCGCCAACUUGUUGGUGCUUCUGACCGUGGUGGCAGUGGUGGCGGGCGUGGCGCUGGGGCUAGGGGUGUCGGGGGCCGGUGGCGCACUAGCGCUGGGCCCCGCGCGCCUGGCGGCCUUCGCCUUCCCGGGCGAGAUGCUCCUGCGCCUGCUAAAGAUGAUCAUCUUGCCGCUGGUGGUGUGCAGUCUCAUCGGCGGCGCCGCCAGCCUGGACCCGAGCUCGCUCGGCCGCCUGGGCGCCUGGGCGCUGCUCUUUUUCCUGGUCACCACACUGCUCGCGUCGGCACUCGGCGUGGGCUUGGCGCUCGCGGUGCAGCCGGGCGCCGCCUUCGCCGCCAUCAACGCCUCGGUCGGGGCCCCGGGCUCGGUGGAAAAGGCCCCCAGCAAGGAGGUGCUCGAUUCGUUCCUGGAUCUUGUGAGAAAUCUCUUCCCCUCCAACCUGGUGUCUGCAGCCUUCCGCUCAUACGCAACGUCCUACUCAGAGAGGCCAUUCAACGGCACCGUGGUGAAGGUGCCCGUCGGGGCUGAGGUGGAGGGCAUGAACAUCCUGGGGCUGGUGGUGUUUGCCAUCAUCUUCGGCGUGGCCCUGCGGAAGCUGGGCCCUGAGGGAGAGCUUCUUAUCCGCUUCUUUAACUCCUUCAACGAUGCCACCAUGGUGCUGGUCUCCUGGAUCAUGUGGUAUGCCCCUGUGGGCAUCAUGUUCCUGGUGGCCAGCAAGAUCGUGGAGAUGGAGGAUGUGGGGAUGCUCUUCGCCAGUCUGGGCAAAUACAUCCUGUGCUGCCUGCUCGGCCACACCAUCCACGGGCUCCUGGUGCUGCCUCUCAUCUACUUCCUCUUCACUCGCAAAAACCCCUACCGCUUCCUGUGGGGCAUCAUGACGCCACUGGCCACUGCCUUUGGAACCUCGUCCAGCUCCGCCACGCUGCCGCUGAUGAUGAAGUGCGUGGAGGAGAAGAACGGCGUGGCCAAGCACAUCAGCCGCUUCAUUCUGCCCAUUGGUGCCACUGUCAACAUGGACGGGGCCGCGCUCUUCCAGUGCGUGGCCGCGGUGUUCAUUGCACAGCUCAACCAGCGGUCCUUGGACUUUGUGAACAUUAUCACUAUCCUGGUCACCGCCACAGCAUCCAGUGUGGGCGCAGCAGGCAUUCCCGCUGGAGGGGUCCUCACUCUGGCCAUCAUCCUUGAGGCAGUCAACCUACCAGUUCACGACAUCUCCUUGAUCUUGGCUGUGGACUGGCUAGUGGACCGGUCCUGUACCGUCCUCAAUGUGGAAGGCGAUGCCUUCGGGGCCGGACUCCUCCAAAGUUACGUGGAUCGCACGGAGGCCCCCAGCUCCGAGCCGGAGCUGAUCCAGGUGAAGAACGAGACGCCCCUGGCCUUGCCGCCGGCUGCCGCCGAGGAGGGGAACCCUCUCCUGAGACCCUCUCCGGGAGCUGCCGGGGACGCGGACCCCUGUGAGAAGGAAUCAGUCAUGUAAAUCCAAGUGCGGGGCUCCCCUGCCCUGAUGGGGGCACUUUGGACCUGGAAUCAUGAAUGAACUGACAAACAGGGGCUCUUGGGGAGCCACUGCUCUCAGCGACCCUCCCUGACCUCGGGUCCCAGAGGCACAGGUGUUUGCUUGCAUGUGUGGGCCUGUCUGUCUCCAAAUCUCCCCCAUUCUUGACUCUUGUCCCCAUCCAAGGCUAGGAAAUGACAAGAUGGAGCAGUAGCAGCCUCCACACCCCAUCCUGGGAGCCUGCCCAGCUCAGGGCACAGGACACAGGUCACCAGCGCACUCUGCCCUCUGAGAGAAGGAUGUUCUGAUGGGUUGCUGCCUCCUUUGCUGGUUAUUUUGGUGGCGGCUCUAGCUCUGUGUGUACAUGUGCGUGCGUAUGUGCCUGUGUGUGUGACUCUCCACAAACAUCCCACCCUGUCCGCAGGCCCCUGUUCCCUCCACAGUAACAGAAACACUCCCGGGGAGACUGAGGGUAAAUACCGAUGUUAUUCCAGAGUACAUUUUUUUAGCAAUAAAACUGUCAAGUAUAUCUAA